AUGGGUAGUAUUUACGCAAUAGCCACAAUGGAUACCAAAGGUGAAGAAAUCGGAUAUGUCGCCGAAUGCAUCCGAAAAGCGGGCGCAGAGGUAACAGUCGUGGAUGUAGGCACACAGAGCGACGCGCAGGACGCGCCAGAUGUAUCGCGGGAAACCGUAGCCGCCUGUCACGCAGGUGGAACAGGCGCCGUGCUUGGGCAUACGGACCGGGGAGAAGCCGUAACAGCGAUGGGAGAAGCAUUGUGCGCCUACUUAUUGCAAGAAUAUGCAGAGGGCAACGUAGCAGGUAUUAUUGGAAUUGGGGGCAGCGGGGGCACGGCACUCAUUACGCCAGCGAUGCAGGCAUUGCCCAUUGGCGUGCCCAAGGUCAUGGUAUCAACAGUAGCCAGUGGCAAUACCGAGCCUUAUAUGGGGUGUUGUGAUAUUGCGAUGAUGUAUUCGGUAGUAGAUGUAGCCGGGAUCAACCGCGUAUCGCGGCAAGUAUUGGGCAAUGCAGCGCAUGCAAUUGCGGGAAUGGUCGUAAAUACUGUUGCAGAGGCCGAGGACAAACCCACGCUUGGAAUGACCAUGUUUGGCGUGACAACGCCGUGCGUGACAAUGGUGCGGGAAGCACUGGAGAAAGACGGAUAUGACUGCCUGGUAUUUCACGCGACAGGGACGGGUGGACAGGCAAUGGAAAAACUGGUCGAAAGCGGGAUGAUCGACGGUGUUCUGGAUAUUACCACAACCGAAGUGGCCGAUGAAGUAGUGGGCGGCGUAUUUCCCGCCGGACCCGAGCGAAUGGAUCGCAUUCUCGCGCGUGAAAUACCUUAUGUCGUGAGCCUGGGCGCGCUCGACAUGGUAAAUUUUGGCGCAGUGGAAACCGUACCCGAACAAUUUAAAAACCGCACGCUCCACGUACACAACGCACAGGUCACAUUGAUGCGGACAACAGCGGAUGAAAACCGCCAGUUCGCCGAAUGGAUAGCGAACAAAUUGAACCGAUCAACAGCACCCAUCCAAAUUCUAAUUCCGGAAAACGGCGUAUCGUUAAUCGAUGAUGAUGGACAACCCUUUCACGAUCCAGAUGCAGAUAAGGCAUUAUUUGAAACCCUGGAAGCGCGACUCGAACAAACGGAAAAUCGACAAAUCAAACGACUGGCGAAUAAUAUCAACGAUCCAGAAUUUGCAGCAGCACUGGUGGCGAGUUUCAAGGAGAUAAAAUAA